AGUUUCUUCUCCUUUCAGUGUCCGUCCCUUGCGCUGCCCGUCGCCUACACAAGAUGUACUCGACAACAGCUCUCCUAGCUUCGGCUCUUGCACUCGCAGCUACGGCAGCUCAUGCUGCUACUCACGAACACUGGUGGAACAUCACCUAUAGCGCCGCCAACCCAGACGGCCUUCAAGAACGUCGCGUGAUUGGUGUCAACGGAACAUGGCCCCCCCCUGUCUUGACAGCCACCCAAGGCGAUGUGAUCAUCGUUCACGCAACCAACAGCCUAGACGAUGACACCGUCGGCACAUCCCUCCAUUCUCACGGCAUGUUCUUCAACCACUCCAACUGGUAUGACGGUGCUGUCGGUGUCAACCAAUGUCCCAUUCCUAACGGCCAGACACUCGACUAUGUUAUCGAUACGACCACUCAAGUCGGCACUUAUUGGAUUCAUGGUCAUCUUGAUGGACAAAAUACUGAUGGUCUACGAGCACCUGUUGUGAUUUUCCCCCAGAACGGGACUGGUCGAACGGAUAAUGUUACGUGGGAUGCGGAGUUUAUCGUUGCUGCUGCUGACUGGUACCACGAAGAAUAUCCCGUUCUCGAACAACGUGACUUCCUCACGUGGAAGAACCCCACAGGUGCCGAACCUGUCCCCAAGUCAGCUGUUAUUUAUGCCGCUUAUCAGAAUGGAACAUAUAUGAGCACUAACGAGGAAAUAUGCGCUGGUGAGGGUGUUAGCGAUGGUCUGUCUCUUUACUUCGAACCUGGAAAGUCCUACCGAAUCCGCAUGAUCAACAUGGGUACCCUUGCCAUGUUUUGGGCCGCUUUGGAAGGUCAUGAAAUGUACAUUAUUGAAAUGGACGGUAUCGAAGUGGAACCAUACCUUGUCGACGCUGUCACCAUAUCGGUUGCGCAAAGGUACUCCGUUUGGGUUCGAGCCCUGAAUCAAACAGACAGGAACUAUGCUUUCAUGUUCAUUCAGGAUACCGAUAUGUAUGACGCCGUCCCCGACGAUCUUGUUCUCAACAACACCAUCCAAAUCGUUUACAACUCUUCCGCUCCACCUGCUACCCCUUACAUCGUAUAUGAUAUCGAAACUUUCGAUGAUACCAAGGUGGUGCCUCUGGAGCAGGAAGAUUUCCUCCGCAACCCGGAUGUUGAGAUUGACCUUCACGCCUACUUUGACACAUACGACGAUGGAACCAACCGAGCCUCGUUCAAUAACAUCACCUACCAAAUGCCCACAUCCACGCCGUCCAUGCUCACCGCCCUCACUAUGGGAAACGACUCAUUCAAUGACGCCGUUUACGGAGCAAUGACUAAUGCCUUCGCAUAUCGACACAACUCAAUUGUUCAACUUACAGUAUACAAUUGGGAUGCAGGUUUCCACCCUUUCCAUCUCCAUGGCCACGUGUUCCAACUCGCCAGCAAGUCAUUCGACGUCACCUCCAACGACACCGACAUCAACCCUCCUCUUAACGAGUCCCAGUCUAACCCCGCUCGACGUGAUACAGUUGUCGUUCCUCCUACUGGCAAGGUCGUACUCCGUUGGAGAGCUGAUAACCCCGGUACUUGGAUGUUCCACUGUCAUAUCGACUGGCAUCUCUCCUCCGGCCUCGCAGCCAUCAUGGUCGAAGCCCCCGAAGCAUUCCAAGCCCUCGCCUCCGAUGUUCCUGAACAGAUCACUGAUCAAUGCAGAUGGUGGAACAAGGGUACUGAGGGUAAUGUCGUUGGCAAAUUCUCUACUACCGAUUUCGCCGGCCAGCCAUGGGGUCCUUGGCCGCUCAAGAUGGGCUGGACACCAAAGGCAAUUGGCGCGCUUGCUGGAUGUAUCAUCACAGCGCUAUUGGGUAUAGCGACAAUUAUCUGGUAUGCGUCUGGAGAAUUGGAUGAGGAAGAGUUGGAGGAAGAGAUAAAGAGGGAAGUGGAGAGGAAGAAGUCAAAGGUGCCCAUUUGGAAGAAGGUCUUGAAGACUGAGGUCAAAGUGUAAUGUAGCAUUCCUUUUGGUUUUUAGAUUUCGUAGGGUUAUGCACUAUAUUAUGAUCAGUAAUGCUACUCUUGUAU